AUGGUGCCACCAACUGGUGUGCCACAACAACCUGCUACGGUUGCCCCGCCUGCCCCUGGUGAUGGUGAUGUUGAUGGUGAUGACGAUGAUCCAAAAGGCUUCCCAUCUGGGAUGGGUCAUGACCGAGGUAAACCCCUCCCUGGUACCCCUAUUCUUCCAUCAUUUUCUUCCUUCAUCUCUUCCGUUGUUAGUAGUAGUGGUAACAACAACACUACUACUGGACGUGGCAGAGCCCCUGCCCCUCCUUCGCAAUCUGAGCAUGAGCUUAAGAGACCCAUUUUCUUUAGCAAAGAAGACGCGACUGAUUUGACCACUCCCUCUAAAAUCCAAAUUGGAAAUUCCCUAGACAGCAACCUCCCCUCCAGUAUUUUAUCUGCCUUGUCUAGUGCCGGCCGUGGAAAGCCCCUCGCUAAACAAUUGCUUCCCGACGACAUGCCUAAGGAAGAAAAUCGCCACCUCAGGUCCCGUCAUACUGCUAUAGGGAGAGGCCAAGUAUCCACUAACACUAAGAGCAGUGCAACCCCAAAGUUGAGCCGCGAGGACGCUGUGAAGAAGGCUGUGGGGAUAUUGUCGAGAGGCGGCGUUGAUGUGGCAGACAAAGUAGAGGACGGUGGGACGGGAAGAGGCAGUUUUAGAGGGAGAGGCACUCGUGGCGGUGGUGGCCGAGGGAGGGGCUGGAGAGGUAGAGGAAGAGGCGCAGGAAGAGGAGGCCGUGGGGUUCAAGAUGCGGACGAUGACUAUGGAGCUGGCCUUUAUCUUGGUGACAAUGCUGAUGGUGAGAAAUUGGCUAAGAGGAUUGGGCCCGAGAAUAUGAAUAAAUUGGUGGAAGGAUUCGAAGAGAUGAGCGGUAGUGUGUUGCCUUCUCCUAUGGAUGAUGCCUACUUGGAUGCUCUCCACACUAAUUUCAUGAUUGAAUGCGAACCAGAGUACUUGAUGGAGGAGUUUGGUACAAACCCAGAUAUUGACGAGAAGCCGCCCAUUCCUCUUUGGGAUGCACUUGAGAAGAUGAAGCCAUUCCUAAUGGCUUAUGAGGGAAUUCAGAGCCAAGAAGAGUGGGAGGAAGUUGUGAAAGAAACAAUGGAGAAAGUCCCUGUUAUAAAAGAGCUUGUGGAUCACUACAGUGGACCGGACAGAGUAACUGCUAAGAAACAACAGGAAGAGCUGGAAAGGGUUGCAAAAACUCUUCCUCAAAGUGCAUCUGCUUCAGUUAAGCGUUUUACUGAUCGUGCUAUUCUCUCUCUGCAGAGCAACCCAGGCUGGGGAUUUGAUAGGAAAUGCCAGUUUAUGGAUAAGCUGGUGUGGGAGGUCGCACAGCAUUACAAGUAAGCUUUGGAAUUUGCAGACAGGAGUGAAAUGGAUUCACAAUUUUGAUCAUUGAAGGUGGUUGUCAUUAGGGAAUUUCGAGUGCUGCUGCUGGUUCAUUGAGGAAUAAUUCUAUUCUUACUUUUUCCUUUGUUGAAUACUGAAAUUUUAUUUUGUGUUUGCCCUGUCUGUCUUUUGAGGAGUGAGGAUUUUGUAGUGCAAAUUUGAUGUUGUAAUAAUUUCUGUUAAAAGUCGG